UUGAUUGCUACUUCUUGAAGCACAUUUUUCGAUUCGAUUGCGUUGUCGGUUAGAUGAAGAAAACAGAUGCGCGAGUGAGAGAAACAAUCUGACUAGAGCUAGACAAGGAAAAAGAGCAAAACAAGAGCGCGAGCGCGGAACAAACAAAAAUUGCUCAGAAAACAGCAACAGCUCCAAACGCACACUGAAAACGUAGCUCCUGCAUAUCGUGUUGUACUGUGGAAGUGAAUGUCCGCGAAACCUCAACAAUUAGCGUUUCGAAGAUUAAACAGUGCGAAGAGUAAACAGCAGCAACAACAAAAAGCAUAUCAUCCAAACCGAUCGAAACGGCGACGCAAAUCGACUUUCCACGAGUAAAAUAGAAGUAAAGUUUUUUUUGCUAUACUACGUCGCCAUUAAGUGUCCUGUAGUGACGGAAAGGGCAGUCGCGCGAUGUGUAUUUACCAUGCGAAAGUUUUGUAGGUAGUUUAACUGUAGCGUAUUAUAUUAAAGUUCAGUUUAUUUUGAUUACGAGUGUACUAAGUAUAGUUAAUUGUGAAAUUAAUAUCCAUUUACUAAAAAAAUCUGCACAAAGGGUAGUACAAUCCAGUUAAUCGAAUGCAAUAUGCUGUGGAAAAAUCAUAACAAAGAGCUCACGAAACAACACCGUUGCGUAUGACAGAUAUUGGCACACGCACAUGUGUCAGUGUGUGUGUGCGUCUGGGCGCGUUUUUCCUCAAAACAGUGUGCACGUGCAUUAUGCAUGGAGCAGUAAAGGUUUCAACUUAACGAUUGAUCCUUGCUUGAUGCUGUUGCUGCUGCAGAAGGAACGAUGAAAGUCCAUAAACUUACUGCAUUCUAAAGAGAAGGAUCGAGUUUGAGUCGCACUGUGUGUUACGUUGAGCACAAAGCUACCAUUCGUCGGACACACCAAACAUAACAAGGAAAAGGUUCGACAUUCAAACAUCGAGGUCACAUCGCGGCAUACAAGACACAAAACACGCGAAAAGCGAAAGCUAAUCUCCUGCCGUGGAUGAGGGGGUUUGUGAGUUUUUUUUUUGUUGUUGACGAACCGCUUUUCCGCCCGCUGUCUGCCGUGGUCGUACCCCACCGGUCAGAAGGAAGUGAUUAUCCCGAGUGAAACCGUUGCAAAUUACCAGAUUUCCAGAGAAAAAGAAGCUGCAAACCGCACCGACCAGUGUGCAGUGUGAGUGAGUGAGAUGGUGGAUUGCAUCGGCGUUGCAUAGAGAAAGUAAAUUUGCAGCAUCAUUAAAAGAGGCGUCUGUGUGUGUUUGUGUCUGUGUCAGAGCAAGUGGAAAAACAUUUAAUGCCAUCAUCGCAACACGAUUCGCGUUUGUCUUCUGCGAAGAUAUUUCCGCAUGAUUUGUUAAAUACAGGACGUCACAGGAAUACGUCUAUUGCACAGAAGCAGGCUGUGAAAAUUGAAAAUAUUUCGUGUUGAAUAGGUCGAACCAAACGCUGCUAGAACGUACGCAUUAUAGUAGGCGCAUCUUGUGCAUUUUUAUAAGGAACGGCAUUUCAUUUCCACUUCACUUUGUGCCGUGACUUUACUACGACCUAAAAGGUGUUGUUAGUGCGUGGAGUACGGUUUUUACUGUGAGAAACGUUUAGAAAACAUCAAUCACGAUGCCCUUCAUCUCGAAAGAUUGGCGCUCGCCUGGAGAUUCCUGGGUGAAGACUGACGAAGGCUGGGAAAAGCUAAAGGUGCUCGAGUGUGUCAAGCGGAAAAGGUGUAUUUCGGAAUGCAGUAGUACUAGUGACACUGAACAGGAUAAUGAGAAUGGUGACAACGAAGUAGUACCACCACACUGUCACAUCACACUGAAGUGUACACGCGAGAUUGCCGGUUUCAAUGGGCUCGGUGAGGCGGUUCGGCGGUUGGAUUUUCGCAGCUCCGUACGCGAUGGUCGCCGGUUUAACUAUGUGUGUGCCCUGCUGCGUUUGCUCGUUUCCGGCAAAGGAAUCACCAGUCUUCCGGGCGGUGCCCAACGGCUUUUGCUCCAGAUGCUGGAGGAAGUGGCCACGUACGUGAGCGACUCGCAGCAGAACAUCAAUGUGUUGCGAGGUUUGGUACAGCAGCUGCGUGCGCUGCUCAAUCAAGAGAAUCAAAAGUGCUGGGGCAAACCGCUCGGCAGCCAAACUUUGUGGGCUGAACAUGUGCAAACAAUCCAGCGCAUACAGGAUAUAGCUAGUCAGAUUGAAAUUAAGGAGCCCGGUCCAAACAUUCGUCCAAAACUACACGACCUGCCCGAGGAGUGUGUACGUGAAAUCAUACUCCGAAUCACCGACUACAAGGACCUGGAAGCUUCUGCAUCCGCUUGGUCGCUAAUGGCGGCCCUUAUCUCCGAACAGCGUGUCUGGCGCGAGCUAUCACACUGUCAAUUUACCAAGCAGCAAAUCGAUGUGAUAUUAGAGAAGAUGUGUCUGCAGGAUACGAAGGAGCGACACCGCAACUGGCAGGCGAUCUAUCACGCCUUGAGAAAAAUGUACGGAGUACGUGAGGAGUUACAGUAUGCGGAAAUUUUAGCAUUCUGUCGGCUGUGUCGGUGCCUGUUCUGGCCUUCCGCUGGGCAUCCGUGUAUCGUUGACCAAUGUCCCGACUUUCGGCAACGUGUCCAGGAAGCAGGCAAUAGUAAUAACAACGAAACGCAACCCGUACCGCCGGCAAAGUUUCUGCAGUACUUUUCACUGUAAGAGCGCAAUAUGUGCAAUGGCCAAUUUUCCUUCUGCAAAAUUUGAAGUUUGUUGCUCUGCUCUACGGAGAUGAAAGUAAGAGAAGCGAAUAGUUGAAAGGUAUCUGCAGUAAAUGGUAUUAGUUCACAUUUUAGGCAGCUGUGUAACAUUGCUGGCAAUGAUCAAGGGCAGGAGUUGACAAACAUUACUUCUGAGAAGAUGAGAAAAAACACACACACACAAUCUUCACUCAACUAUAUUUAUAUUUUUCUAUCUAAAAACCGAACAAACAAGAUAAACUCUACGUAAUUUGUGUGUUCACAAGGAGAUUAGCGAUGAAGUAGCGGCAAAUGAAAAAGUUUGCUAGCAAUAAAUGGUGCAAAAGGAUUCUAGCGUAUCAAUGAUUGUACUAUCUUUCAAUCAUUUAAACGAAAAGGAAUAGAACUGAGAGCCAAUAGAUGUGUUAAAAAGCCGAACACGACCGACUCGCUGCUAGGGCACUGUUAUAAGGAAGAGAUGUGAAAACGAUCUAUAUAUUCAUAAACAAAGCAAAACAGAGAAAUAUUUUGGAAAAAAAAGCGCUGAUACGUUUUACCGAACAUCAACUAUUUUCAAUCAAACCCAUAUUUAACCCGUUAAAUGCGAUGAUAAAGCGCGUUAUUGAAAGUGCUACUAUUUACAUAUUGCCGGCAUCUAUUUACGAUCGUUCAGCUGCAGCUUUCACUACUGCAGACUGGGUUCUGCUGAAAGAGCGGUCCAAAACAAUACGCAAGUCCACCGUUAUACCGUGGACCUGGACCUAAUGCAAGAUUGUUGGAUAUACGAGCUGAAGUUCGUGACGGUUUAAGUUGAUUUACUUCCACCAGGUCGCACGCAAAUAGGAACGAGAAAAUGGUAGCACGACUCGGACAAUACGGUUCGUACAGGAAAUUUGAGCUCAUUUUUCACAUAUUUUCGUACCGAUAUCUAUUCUACGAUAAGCUCUAGCGUUUUCAAUAGCAAGUUACACUUUAACUAUAACUAUACAGCAACGUGAUUCAAUUUAUUGCAAUUUCUUAAAGUGUUUUUAAACAAAACAAUAACUGUAUUGCAUGAUGUUUUCUCUAUCUGAUUGUGAUAAGCGUAGCGUUCGGUUGUUCAAUCUGUGUUCCAAUGGGUCAAUCCAUUUUCGUACGUAAUGAUCUUUAUUCGAUGAUAUUCACAGCAAUGCAAUGCAGGAGUAGGAGAAAGGACGAUCGAAAAGAGAAUGUUUGUAAUAGAAUGUUAGUAUAUACUAGCUUUAGAUGAGGUAUGCGAACGAGUAACUGUAAGUUUAACAACUUUGAAGGAGUUGAAAUCGUGUAGAAAUUAUGUGAUAAAGCGUGCGAUAGAAGCAAUGCGUUUGCCGAGGUUAAAAUGCAUUGGAUUGAAAUGGAUCAGGUGAUGAAAAAGUGACAAAAGAGAGGGCUUCAUUUAAGCAUUGCAGUAUAUUCAAUUCUACGUAUAAACGGACCAUUUAACAAUCGCUUUUUGGAUGUUUUUAAGAACUUCGAACGAUUAGCUUUCGUACACGACCUCGACCUCGUUUUAGCUACUCAAAAAAGUCAAAAGGAUUCGUUAGCCAAUUGAGUGACUUACGUCAAAUGAUGGACUUAUAAAUAUUUGUCCUCAUUAUGGUUAGUUAUAUUUCCUUCCCACGUUUCAGUACACUUUGGAUAACGAUGCGGUAACAUCACCUUCAAGAGUGUUGUCGUAUGGUAGAAACAGACUCAUCCUUUCAUAUACAGCGGUAAUAGAUGAUUUCAUUUUAAUAAUAGUCGAUUAUUUGAAUGUCAAUGGUUCAUAGGCAAACCUGUUUCAUCUUCUAUAGUUCCGUGAAAGAUGUUAACCAGUUGUAAGCCUUUACUCAAUUACGGUUUCGUUGUCCGUGUUAAUUAUACAUAAUGUUGGAAUUAUAGAUUCCGUUCAUUUCACGUUUAAUCCACGUACUCUAUAAACGCUUAGAAAAAUUCGUCAAUAUUUCCAAAUGAAAUAAAGAGAAAUACAAAAACACAUCUCCGUUAACCGGCACCGCGACGAAUUGAGUGGUAGAAAUAAGCUUGAAGAAUCGGGCAGCGACGAAACCUCGUUCGCAGCAGCAGAUGUAGAACGUACUCUAAUCAAACAAUGAAAACAAAAUAUCACUACAGACAAGUGGACAUUUUAAGUAAACUUAACUACGAUAUUACAA